AUGGCGGCUCUGCCCGCGCAGCAGCGCGGCCCUCAGGGGGCGGCGGGCGGGACGCGGAGCCCAGCCUGGUGGCGGUUCACCCGGAGGCUUCCCCCCGCCGAGGGCUGUCCCGCCGGAGCCGAGCUGCGCCGUGUCUCGGGGGGCCGGAGGAGGUGGCGCGGCCACCUGCUGCCACCGCCGGGGCGAGGGGACGGGCAGGAGGAGGUGCGUGUCGCUGCGGGCCACCGCCUGGGGUUUUACCUGGUGACCAAAGCGGGUCUAAAAGUGGGUGUCUCUUUUCCGCGUGAGCACGUUGUGUUGCGGUGGUCGUGGUUGGGGGCAAACAGCUAUGGACAACUUGGUCUUGGUCAUAAAGAGGAUGUGCUGGUACCUCAGUCACUGAAAGAUGUUUCCUGCAAAUGUCAAGACAUUGAAAGCAUUACUGGAGGAGGGGGACAUACUGCAGUUAUCACUGGUGCCGGAGAACUCUUUGUCUGUGGCCAUAACAAAGAUGGGCAGUUGGGACUGAAUCACACAGAGGAUGUACCGCACUUUACUUUGUGCACUGCCUUGGCUGGCUUCUGUGUAAAACAAGUUGCUUGCGGCUGGGAUUUUACAAUCAUAUUAGUAGGACCUGGCCUGGUUCUGUCCUGUGGGUCUAACUCUUUUGGACAAUUGGGAGUUCCUCAAGUAUCAAGUUCAUACUUGAUUCCACAGAAGAUUGAGUUGCUCAAAGAGAAGGUGGUGGAUGUUGCUGCAGGACUGAGACAUGCCCUUGCUGCUACAGAGAGCGGUUUGGUGUUUCAGUGGGGAACUGGCAUGGCAUCUCGGGCAAAGCGUGCAAACCAAGGAAAAACCCUCCCCCCGUUUUUGACAGCAAAGGAGCCCUGUGAAGUAACAGGCCUGGAAGAUGUAAAGGUGAAGAGGGUUGCUGCAGGCUCCUAUCACUCGGUGUCACUCACAGAUGAAGGACACCUGUAUGUCUGGGGUAGCAACAAACAUGGGCAGCUAGUGAGCAAAGAGAUCUUUCUUGCUGAGCCCAAGAAGAUUGAGACUCACUUUUUUUCCCAUGAAAAGAUUGGAGCAGUUUGGAGUGGCUGGACCCACUUGGUGGCACAAACAGAAACUGGCAAGGUAUUCACCUGGGGCAGAGCAGACUAUGGGCAACUUGGAAGGCCCGCAGUGGUUCCCGAUGGGCAGGAGGCGUGCACAGCAUCUGAACAACACUUGGAGCUGUUGUGUAACAUUCCUAUUUCAGUGCCUUGCCUAAAUGGAGCAUCUCAGAUCGCGUGUGGCUCAGAGCACAAUCUGGCAGUAGUUGGUGGCCAGUGCUUCUCUUGGGGAUGGAACGAACAUGGGAUGUGUGGUGAUGGCACAGAAGCAAAUAUUCAUGUCCCAAAGACAGUCAAAGCUCUUGGUUACACAAAACAGACCUUGAUUGGAUGUGGAGCAGGACACUCCAUGGCUCUUUCAAACUCCACAUUAGACUCAGCGCACCAGAAAUCAUAACAUCGUGCAUGUGGAUGGAUGUCUUUGGAUUGCGUAGCUCUGAAGUGCUACAAGAGGAUUGCCCAUGAUUACACAAUAGUUGGAAAGUACAGAAGAUUUUUCUAAGACUAAAAGGAACAAUUAAAAAAUUGUUUCAUGGGUCCUUUUCACAGGAAUUGACUUUCUUACCCACAGAUAGAAUCACAAACAUUUGGCCUUAAUGCAAUGCCAUUGAAGAAAUAAUGACUUGUUCUUUGGAGAAAUCUUAAGGAAGAAACUGACUGUUUAAUCACUUAUCAUUGGGGUAUAAAUUCAGCCUGAGGAAAUGAUCUGAGAAGGUGGAGACAUAGGGACCUUCUAGUCUUUUAUUAUUGUACCUUUGCGUAAUGCUUAGCGAGCAUGUGUUACGCCUGCCAACUUCUAGUGGAGUUGUGAGCUCCCAGCAUCUCAGAAAACCUAGUUUGCAUCACAGAGAAAUGCCAGUGAACGUAAAUAGAUGCAUACACUCAUUUUAAACAGAAGACUAGGAUUUAAAAAAAAAACAACCGAGGAGAUAUAAUUUAGAAGGCUGGCAAAAGGGGAAAACGAGGCCCUUCUGAACUAGCUAUAUCUUGAUUAAACCGUGAAAACAGCAAUAUUUCUGAAUGAUUAUCUUCUGUGCCAGACAGCAGUUUAUUAGAGAUUUACAGGGAUGCAGAUCUGCGUGAAUUAUCAUUAACUUGCAAACCAAACCUGAAGUUUCUGAAGCUACUGCUUAGGGAAGAAAAACUUCUAAGAGCUUUUUGAAACAAUAGAAGAGUUCUCGUCAAAGGGAUUAAGUUAGUUGUAGCAGUUGAGGACAGUUCGACCUGAUGUGACUCCUCUAUUUCCACCUGCCUUUGAAUACAAAGACCUCAAAGUCUGAGCAGAAAGUUUUUACAGGUUCUCCAGCCUAAAGGGCAGACCAGAAUGCUCCUUAUAAUUUCAGGUUAGUUCUCACAUCUGUUUCACAGCCCAGCUGAGCUACUGUUCAGAGCAUGCCCACAGUACUUGUUCCAGGUGAGUGCACGGCAGAGAAGGUAGGCCUAACGCUUGGUAGGAGAAAUGAAAAAGUGUAUAUUAUCUUCAGAUAUUAUUAGCUGCCUAUAUUAAGCAGAAUUUUGGAAGCUAUUUUUAAGACUGUUUUUCACACAAGUACAGUGGAUGCCAUUAAACUGGAUGUUUGCCACCCACGAUAGUUACAUUUGGUGUGGUAUUUGAUGUAUUUCAAGUUCUAAAUAUAGAGAAUACUACUGUGUGGUAAAUGCACCUUUUUAUAAGACCUCAUCUUGCUAAAUAGUAGUUUAGUUUUUAAAGCAGGCUUGCCAGGGAAGAAGACUUAGAGAAUUGCAAAAUACUCAGAGAAAUAGGACAGGAAGACUUUCUAAUGAUAUAUCAGCUUACACAUUAGGGGGAAGGAAUUAAGGUAGUAAUAUGGGCUGUGAGGGCUUUUUUUCCCCUGUUGGUUUAAUAGCAGUUACAGUUCAUGGCCUAAUUUUCAAAGGCAUUUUCUUUUCCUAUUCAAUGGAUGAGAAACUUGAACUGACUAUGAAGCUGAUUAUAACAACCAUAUUACAGAUACUGAAAGAAUCUGUAAGAACCAGAUGGGUUCUGCAAAAAGUUUGGAAGUGAGACUCCUAUUGUAAAGUGAGGGGUUUUUAAUCCAUAUGUUGGUUGUAGUUCUUCAUGGCAAUAUACUGUUCUGGGCUGUGACUUCUUGCACUUUUUACUUAUCCUAGUUGCUAUUUAUUGACUCUCCUCAAUGCUGUUUUCUAGAUACCAGAGCACUGAAUGGUUUGUCAUGGUUUUUUGGCAGUUCUGGCUGAGGUUUCUGCCUUUGUUCUUCUCCAAAAUCUGUGUAUCUAAUAAAUAUGUUAUCUUGUUUCAGUAAUCAGACCCUCUAAAUGAUUCUGUUCCUUGGUUAAUCACAGCUAGUAUGUGUGCCCUGUAACAUAGGAGUUACUGUACUGAGCGUAUUUUGACUCUGCGUGCUGCUGCAGCAGUUCAUUUCAGAGGAAUCAAAAAAAUUAUGUAACAAAUAAAUGUGACUUGGUUAUUUGAAA